AUGUGGAACGAAAACUCAGAGCAAUGGGAGAAUCUGAAAUCUGUAUUGCUUGUUGGUGCUCCUGGGAGUAAAUUACUAAUUACUACCCGGAAUGACCAAGUUGCAUCUAUCGUCAGGGGGAGUAUUCCUCCUCACAGUUUAGAUCAGUUAGAAGAUGAUGCAGGUUGGUCUAUUAUCAAGCAUAAAGCCUUUUCUCCUGGUGGAGCAUUAAAUUCCCCAAAUAUGUCAGACAUAGGAAAAGAAAUUGCAAAACAAUGCUGUGGUUUACCACUUGCAGCAAAAUUUCUAGGAAGUUUAUUGCACUUAAAAAGGAAAGAAAGUGAUUGGAGAUCAAUUAGAGACGAUGAUAUCUGGAAUACUUCAGAUAACAAAAGAAAAAUCUUGUCGGUAUUAAAAUUGAGUUAUAAUAACUUGCCAUCUCAUUUGAAACAAUGUUUCUCUUAUUGCUCAAUCUUUCCCAAGAAUUGGGAGAUUAGUAAAGAAGCCUUGGUUCGCCUGUGGAUGGCAGAAGGAUUUCUAAAAGACAUUGGACGUGAAAAGUAA